ACGACAUGUCCGAUGCCAAGGACCCGGCGAUCAUGCUCUUCGGCACCACCAUCCCCGCGGCGCCCGGCGCUCCGGAUGGGGAAGAGACCGAGGUCGAGGAGGCGGACGCGGAGACCGUCGUGUUACCGGCGGAGGGCCAGGAUGUGAGAUGAGAAGCCACCCCAUCCUCUCUCUGCCUUCUUGUUUCUUUAGGGUUGCAUCUAAAGAUCUGGUUGUGGGUGGGAGAAAGAUGGGUUGGUCCUAAGGGACCAUGGGAGGUUUCGGGGAGGCUGAACUUUGCGGACGGAUACGUAAAGGUGCCGCACGACUUAGGCAAAACCAGCUAAGUCCAUGACAAUUCGGUUUUAGCUUAGCUUUUGUAGAUUUUUUUUUUCCUACAAGAAUAGUCUGUUUAUCAAGGAAUUUUCUUCCAUCUACCCCCCUUGACUUUGUUUCUAGGGCCAAAGAAAGAUGAUGAUAUAAUAAAAAGUCUGUUUAUGAGGAGUAAAUGUAUUUCGCCCAUUUCCUGAACAUUGAACCUGCUUGAUUAAAAACUUGGUUACAUGAGGAAGGAGAUCAUAACCUAUAGCGAAAUCAGAUAUCUACAGAUCACUUAUGCUUAAUUACCAUUUCUUGUUUCCUUGAUAUUUAACAAAUAUGUCAAAGAUAGUUGUGUGGAAGAUCUAAAGCCGCAUACAACUCGGAAAAUGUCUGCAGAAAGAGUUAGAAAAACCUUUUAUGCAGAGUUGUCUAGCUAACUUUUAGUAUCUGAUGUCUUGUUUAUUUUUUGCCAGAGAAAACACAUUGAGGGUCUUAGCCAUGUAGUUUUAGGGACAACAUAUUUGUGCUUUAGAUUUUUUGAGAUAACUUUUAGUAUUGUACACGCCCUGUUGAGAUAGCAGUUUAAGUGGAUCCAAAUAAUUCAGGUGUGCUAUGUUAGCAUGUAGCAUUUAAUGACUUUAUAUGACACAAGAUUGAUAUCCUACUUUAUGAAGGGGGUCCCUACUAAGAAGAAUGGCUAGAAUUGUCAGUCAGGAAUAGAUGGAGGAAGAGAGAAAAGUAUUGAAUUUUUUAAAUUCAUUUCAUCUAGUUAAAAGGGGAAACUAAUUGUAGUUUGCAUUCAUGUAGUGAAAAAAAAUCUAAAAUUGCAAGGAAAGAGAAUAUAGAAAGAAGCUGGGAUGUACAACAGAUUAUGUAUAAUCUCCCGAUUAUGUGGGGUUGUUCUCAUGAAUCUUUUCCUUUCAUUUAGCUCUUUUGAAGGCAAUACCUUUAGGCAAACUAAGAGUCAUCAAGUCUCUUUUUAUUAUGGUUUCUUAUAAAGUGUUCUCAGAUCUUGCUCUACCUUUUGCAUCACUAAUCUUAAUCAACUCACCUUGUCUAUCAGGUGCAUCCGUAAGUCUCCUUUGGAUAUGUUCGUAUCAUUUAAAAUGAAUCUCCCUUAUCUUAUUCGUUGACCACAAAUCUAUGUAUAUGUGUGUAUUAGUUGAAUUUCUUUGUACAAAUAUGGUUCUGAAACAUCUCAUUUGUGCUUUAUUAGGGGUAAGCUUUUGUUGUUUGGACUCUUUAUUUCAUCGUAGUUUUAGAUAUUGAUGCAGUCACUGAAAUAUGCCACUGAACUUAUUCUACAGGAUAAUUAUUUAUAUUAUUUUGAUAUUAUGUUUCAGGAUGCAUCUAAAGAAGUAACAAAUGUGGAAGGCAAUGAUAUUUCAGCUGCAGCACCUGAUGAAGAGGAUGAAGGUUCACCAAUUAGUUCAUCUAGUUUGACCAGUAGCAAUGAAGAAGACGGUAAAACAUCCAUUGCAGAUGAAAAGAAAGCAGUAAAAAAUACAGUGGAAGACACCAAGACUGAGGUUGAUUGCUCUGGACCAGAAAAGGUCCUCAAGAAGCCGGAUAAAAUUCUACCAUGUCCUCGCUGUAAUAGUAUGGGCACCAAAUUCUGCUAUUAUAACAACUAUAAUGUUAACCAGCCUAGACACUUCUGCAAGAAUUGUCAGAGAUAUUGGACUGCUGGAGGAACAAUGAGGAAUGUCCCUUUUGGUGCUGGUAGGCGCAAGAGGAAGCAUUUGGCAUCACAAGGUCAUAACUUAGUUACUCCAUCAAAUGGAUUACAAUCUGCUCAACUAGAGACUCUUGACUUGAUUCAUCAGCGAGCUCUCCCGUGUGUGCCUGCAACCCCUUCACAACCUCUGAUUGGAAAUGGGACCAUCCAUAAAUUUGGUCAAGAAGUCCCUCUCUGUGAGCCCAUGGCCACUGUGCUCAAAAUCAGAAAGCAAGGCGGACAUGCUGAUUCUGGCUCGACAAUAUGUCAAGAAAGCAGGGAGGAACCUUCCCGUGCAUCUUCUGCAGCAGCCUCCAAUAUUUUGGAAAAUGGAUCUGCUGAAAAUGCAAUUCACAAGCAGCAAAGUGGCAUGCAUGUUUACUGUAAUGGUCUUGCACCUCUGACUCAGUUGCAGUGUUAUCCUGAGUCCUCCUGGUCUUACCCAUGGAGACCAGCUUGGAGCAAUGUUGCUGCCAUGGAAGCUGGUAGAUGUUCAUCUGAAUAUCCUUGUAGACCAGGGAAUGGCUCUCCAAAUCCGAUUCGAUCGAGUCCCAGAGCAAUGAUGGCGGCAACACUUCCUUUCUUUCUCAUGGCAACUCCACUUUGGGGCUUCACCACUUGGUCCAAUGGAACGUGGAAUAUACCAUGGGUUGGAUCUAACAGUGGAUUCAUAUCCUCAUCAUCUUCUUCAAGCGGUAGUGGUUGUUCAGGAAAUGACUCUCCGAUGUUGGGUAAGCAUUCUAGAGAUGCUACUUUACAGAGUGAGGAGAAGACGGAGAAGUCCAUAUGGGUUCCUAAGACUAUUAGGAUAGAUGAUCCAGAGGAGGCUGCAAAGAGUUCAAUAUGGGCUGCCCUAGGUAUCAGGCCUCGUAUAGGAGGUGUCUUCCAGUCCAAGGCUGAAAACAAGGCGCAUAAGUCGGAUGCUGCACAUGUAUUGCAUGCAAAUCCUGCUGCAUUAUCCCGAUCUCUCUCCUUUCAGGAAAAUACAUAAAGGGUGUGAUCAGAAGUUCUGAGGGAGGUUUUGUUAUCAUGGAUACAAUUUGUGAAGGUCAGUACACAGACAGGAUUUGUGAACAGCAUUGACUUGUAUCUAGUAAUCAGGAUCAUGAGAUCUGAAAAGAAGCUGACCGCAAAAGUUGCGUGUGCUUCUCAUGAAGCCAUCAGAGGGAAGGACCAGGAUUGUCAACAUCAUCUAAGACUGUUCAGUAAUCCGUGUUGUAAAUACGAGAAAAAGGUAUUUGUCUCUAAAUUUCUACUCCAAAGAAAGUUUAUCAUCUCCUCCGCCGUGACUGGUUUAGCGAACCAACAAAGAAAGAUUCAGCUCAUAAAUGUUGAACAAAAAGAAUGGCUUCGGAACUCAAGUACUGAAUCUUGAAACCAUAUCCUUCUAGUAGGGAGGCGAAAAUGUACUUGUGUUUUUGUAUGGUUCUUGGUUUUUUUUUUUUUUUUUUUUUUCCACUUUUUGUCUUUUAAGGCUCACUUUAAAGUUUGUAUGAAUAUAGCAAUAUCAGAUGUCUGGUUCAUCUUUGUUGUCCUACAGAGUCUACUUCUUUCACGUAUGUAAUGAAUGGUUUACCGAAGACGUUUAAGUUGUUCUUCAGUUAUCA